AUGUCCGAGAUUACGGCACCGUUGAGGGAGCUUUUGAAGAAACAUGUUUCUUGGCACUGGACGGCGAAUCAUCAAGCUGCAUUUGAGAAAAUAAAAGAAAUUUUUUCAACCGAUCGCGUUCUGAGAUACUAUGACUUCACGACGCCAGUUGUACUACAAAAGGGUGCCUCAAGUAAAGGUCUUGGUGCGGUAUUGCUGCAAGAUGGGUUCCCUGUUGCUUAUGCCUCCAGAACGAUGACAACGAAACAAGAGAGAUAUACGCAGAUAGAAAAGGAACUUUUAGCUGUGGUUUUUGCGUGUGAGAUGUUCCACCAGUAUAUUUAUGGGAAAACAGUCGAAGUUCACUCAGAUCAUAAACCGCUGGAAAAUAUCCUAAAGAAACCUUUGGGUGCGGCUCCAGCAAGAUUGCAGAGAAUGCUUUUACGAUUGCAGAAGUACGAUAUCAACCUGAUCUACAAACCAGGAAAGCUUCUCAAGGUCGCAGACACUCUAUCAAGAGCUCAGUUGGCUGAAACUGCAGAAGAAAUCAGCGAGCAAGAUAUGAAAUCCCAAGUUUAUCUCCUUUAUGCGAAUCUACCAUGCUCCAGUGAAAUCCUUGAGAAAGUGCGCGAAGAAACAGCUCGAGAUCCUAUGUCACAGAAGAUUAUCAGAAUGAUUCGAGUGGGAUGGCCGCAGUCGACGAAAGCUUUGCCCGAGGAUCUAAAAGACUACUGGAAUCACAAAUUGAAACUUACUGAAACCCAAUUAAUCAUUCUCAACGAUCAGAGAAUAUUAAUACCACUAGUCUUGAGAAGAAAGAUUCUGGACAAAUUGCACGAGGUUUAUCAAGGUAUUGAAAAGACGAAGCAACGGGCGAGACAAUCAGUUUUUUGGCCACGAAUCAAUAAAGACAUUGAAGAUUUGGUAUCAAAGUGUUCCCAUUGUCAAGAACAAGAAAUGUUAAUCCAAAGGAACCGCUAA